AUGAAUCACUUAUCUCGAAUUUUCGCUUAUAGAAAGCAACCAACGGAUAUGAACUCCAAGAAGAAGACUCCAAGGAAACAACAACCCAAGUUAGAACGCCGUAAUGCAGCGAAGAACUUCAGUUACGAUGCUCAACCGUCGUCGCCGGAUUCCUCUCCGUCGUCGUCAAUUCUCUACACUCGGUCCAUGGAUUUUUACGAUCGAACUAGCUUUCGAGUUGAAGGAGUCGACGGUGAAUUUGAUAUUAUUUGUCGGAGUCUCGGGCUUAACGGACCGGAGGAUUUCUCGAUUCCGGCGGCGGCUUGGGAAGCGAUGAAGGUUCGAUCUUCGUCUGAUGUUUUACCGAGGUUGAACAUUUCGGAAUUCGAUGAAGCGAAGGUGGAUGAUGAAAUUGUAGUAGCAGAGUGUGAUGAUAGGGUUUCACUUUCGGUUAGAGAUUCUCCCGCUGAGACUAGCGGUUGCUGCAACAUAGGUAUUAAAGGAUUUAGACCUCCGAUGCUUAAGCCGCCACCAGGAGUUAGGGUUUCUGUUUUGGACAGCACGUGUUCCACGUGGGAUCUUCUGAGGGAUUUUGCUCCUGAAGGGGAAGGAAAAGGAAGAGGAAAAGGAAAAGAAGAAGAGGAAGGGAAGAAAGAAGAAGAAGAAGAAGGGGAAGGGGAAGGGGAAGGGGAAGGGGAAGGGGAAGGGGAAGUGGGUGAUGUGAUAUUGAAGAGAGACGAGGAGGAAAGUGCUGAGAUUAUUGAUGAGUUUUCGAGGUCGUGUUCCUUCACUACCUUCACUACUUCACAAGAAGAUGAUUCAUCGAGCACUACAACGGAGCCUAGGUCCAAUAGUAUAUCUCCUAAUGUGAGAUUGAAACCUGUUAUCACUCCUGGUAGCUGGCAAAAGGGUGAGCUUUUGGGGCGCGGUUCAUUUGGAUCUGUGUAUGAAGGAAUUUCUGAAGAUGGAUUCUUUUUUGCUGUAAAACAAGUAUCACUGCUUGAUCAAGGAAGUCGUGGAAAGCAAAGUGUCGUUCAACUGGAGCACGAAAUUGCACUUUUGAGUCAGUUUGAACAUGAGAAUAUAGUUCGAUACAUUGGCACUGAAAUGGAUGAAUCAAAUCUAUAUAUCUUUAUCGAGUUUGUAACCAAAGGUUCCCUUUUAAGCCUCUACAGGAGGUAUAAACUUCGAGAUUCCCAAGUAUCUGCUUAUACAAGACAAAUUCUGAAUGGUUUAAAGUAUCUUCAUGAUCAAAAUAUUGUUCACAGGGAUAUUAAAUGUGCAAAUAUAUUGGUUGAUGCAAAUGGGUCUGUCAAGGUUGCGGAUUUUGGAUUGGCAAAGGCAAUUAAAUUGAAUGAUGUUAAAUCAUGCCAGGGAACAGCAUUCUGGAUGGCACCAGAGGUUGUAAAAGGAAAAGUGAAAGGUUAUGGACUUCCUGCUGAUAUAUGGAGUCUAGGAUGCACUGUGUUGGAGAUGUUAACUGGGCAAAUUCCCUACUAUCCUAUGGAAUGUAUCACCGCAAUGUUUAGAAUUGGAAAAGGGGAACUACCUCCGGUACCUGAUUCUCUUUCAAGAGAUGCUCGUGAUUUCAUCCUGCAGUGUCUUAAAGUUAAUCCAGAUGAUCGUCCCACUGCGGCUCAACUCUUAGACCACAAAUUUGUCCAGAGGUCAUUCACCCAGUCCUCUGGCUCUGCUUCUCCAUAUACCACGAGAAGAGGUUAA